AUGGCUUGGUUAAAAGAGCCAAAGGAAGGGGACUCUGGAUCUGACCCUUAUAUUCAGGGGUUAGCGUCAUAUGGGUUGAAAGCUACCCUGGUCCCUGUCUUGUCUUUUGAGUUUGUUUCCCUCAAUGCAUUAUCUGAAAAGUUAUCACACCCAGAUAAAUAAGGUGGGCUCAUCUUUACCAGCCCCAGGGCAGUGGAAGCUGUGAGCCUGUGUCUAGAACAGAACGGUAAAAGAGAAGAAUGGAUGGAAAGUUUGAAGGAUCAAUGGAACGCUAAAUCUGUUUAUGUUGUGGGUAAAGCCACAUCCUCUUUGGGUAGGUCUCACACAGGUGAUUUAAUUGUUUUCUGUACCUUUUCUUUGAUGUGCUGUAUUAUUGAUCCACAGUUCUUUACAUUCUCCCUAUGUUCCGAAUGAUUUUAUUUGGAUUCCACAGUUCAACCAUUCAGCACUACAGAGCACUGGAGCAAUUUAGGCA